AUGGCGGAGAAGCGGCCACUGGGGACUCUGGGGCCUGUGAUGUAUGGCAAGCUGCCCCGCCUAGAGGCAGACUCUGGGCCCGGGCACAGCCUGCCUCCCUCUGCUGGUAACCAGGACCCCUGCAGCUACAAAGGUGCCUACUUCUCCUGCCCCAUGGGGGGUCCUCCGAAGACAGGGUCUGAGCGGUUGGCAUCCUGGACCCCAUACCCACCUUUGUACCCCACCAGCAUGGCAGGACCCCCACUUCGGGCAGACAACCUUCUGACCAGCUGCCUGCUCUACCGCCCACCCACAGAAAGCUCCGAGAAAGUACAGGACUCUGGCCCCGUUGAGCUCCUACCCUUCAGUCCCCAGGCUCACUCCUACCCAGGCCCACCACUGGCGGCACCCAAACCUGUCUACCGCAACCCUCUGUGUUAUGGGCUCUCAACGUGCCUGGGGGAAGGGGCAGCAAAGAGGCCUCUGGAUGUUGAUUGGACGCUGGUGACUGGAUCCCUGUUACCCACCGCCGACCCAUCUUGUUCUCUGCCCCCAGCUCCUGGCAAGAGCCAGUCCCUGGAUGGUACCUUCUUGCGUGGGGUGCCAGCUGGGACACCUGGCAAAGACUCCUCGGUGAGCUUCUCCCCGUGCCAGGCAUUCUUAGAGAAGUAUCGGGCCAUCCACAGCACGGGCUUCCUGGCCUCCAAGUAUGCAGGUCCUUACUCUGGGGAGCCUAAGCAGGCAUUGUCCGAGGGACCCCCCAGUCCUUGGACGCAGCUGGCCCAACCUCUGGGACCAGCCUGCCAGGAUGCAGUGCCCACCCACUACCCGCUGCCCCAUCCCGCACAGGCCCUCCCUUGCCCUCCAGCCUGUCGCCACCCAGAGAAGCAGGGCAGCUAUGGCUCAAUGCUUCCACCGCAGCCUCUGGGAGCCCACAAGGGGGCCGGGUACCCAGCUGGUGGGCUAAGCAGCCCCUACCUGAGGCAGCAGGCAGCUCAGACACCUUAUAUGCCCCCAGUGGGGUUGGAUACUUAUUCCUACCCCUCUGCCCCCCUCCCAGCACCCUCGCCAGGCCUCAAGCUGGAGCCACCUCUUGCCCCACGCUGCCCAGUGGACUUUGCCCCCCAGACGCUGGGCUUUCCUUAUGCCCGGGAUGACCUCUCUCUCUAUGGAGCAUCCCCAGGGCUCGGAGGGACGCCACCUUCCCAGAACAGUGUGCAGGCUGUGCCACAGCCCGGUGCCUUCCAGCGGGCAUGCCAGCCUCUGCCUGCCAGCCAGCCAUGCUUAGAGCCUGCAAGGCCUGCAGAGAAGCCAGUGCAGGAAGCUGAGGAGAAGAUGUGGCUGCCCAGCUGCAGGAGAGAGCAGCUCCAGCCCCACCUCGAUGAGCACCCUGGGGCACCCAUCAUCAUUGGAGAUAGCCCAGUUCCACGCACCCCACCGGCACUCCUGCCCUGUGCCCAGGAGCGCCAGUCUCUUCCACAGAACGAGGGCACACUGCCACCCAGCUCCCCACCCAUGCCCAUUAUCGACAACGUCUUCAGCCUGGCCCCCUACCGUGACUACCUGGACGUGCAGGCACCUGAGGCCACGGCUGAGCCAGACCCGGCCCCAGCCCCCAGUGAGAGCCAUGACAAAGACUGCAGGGGAUCUCUGCCUGGCCGGGAAGCCCCCUCGAGUGUGCACGCCUCACUUAAGGAGGAGGUGGCACUGGACUUGAGUGUGAAGAAGACCACAGCAGAGGCCCCGCCUACCAAGGUCCCUCAUCCCGCAGGGCAUGCCAAGGCCUCCGCAGCUGUGUGUGUGCCAGGCGUGGGAAACACAGUCUCCGACAUGCCAGGUGUGGGGGACACAGUCUCAGAUCGGCAAGCCCUGAAAAAGGUAGUCACAGAGGCACCAGACCUGCCUGGGGUGCCAGUGACCACAGAGGCGACCCCAAGGACCAACUUCCACAGCUCUGUGGCCUUCAUGUUCCGAAAAUUCAAGAUCCUCCGGCCAGCACCCUUGCCUGCAACUGUGGUUCCAGCCGUGGUCCCAGCUGUGCCCACCUCAGCCCCUGCUCAGCCUGCACCCACCCCCACACCUGUGCCCGCUGGACUACAGAUUCUCACCCAGCCCUUGCCCGUGGCCUGCUUCAACCUGGCGCUGCCCAGCCCUCCAGCUGUAGCCAUGACCUCCCCCGCCUCGGCCCCUGCUCCGGCUCCAUCGCCUGCACCGGCACCGGCUCCGGCUCCGGCUCCAGCUCCGGCUCCAGUUGUAGGCCCCGCUCCAGCGUCUACUCCCGCCACAGCAGACUCCCCAGAGCAACAUUUUGCAGGACUGCAUGCCUCCCUGUGUGACGCCAUCUCGGGCUCAGUGGCCCACUCCCCACCGGAAAAGCUGCGCGAGUGGCUUGAGACGUCUGGGCCUUGGGGCCGGGCGGCGUGGCAGGACUGCCAGGGUGUGCAGGGGCUGCUGAGCAAGCUGCUGUCCCAGCUGCAGAGCUUCGUGUGCACGCAGCAGUGCCCCUUCCCCCACGUGGUGCGGGCCGGGGCCAUCUUCGUGCCCAUCCACCUGGUGAAGGAGCGGCUCUUCCCGCGGCUGCCACCCGCUUCCGUGGACCACGUGCUGCAGGAGCAUCGCGUGGAGCUGCGGCCCACCACGCUGUCGGAGGAGCGGGCCCUGCGGGAGCGCGCCUUGCACGGCUGCACGUCGCGCAUGCUGAAGCUGCUGGCACUGCGCCAGCUGCCCGACAUCUACCCUGACCUGCUGGGCCUUCAGUGGCGAGACUGUGUACGCCGCCAGCUGGGUGACUUUGACACUGAGGCUGGAUCUGUGCCCUCCUCAGAGCCCACCGUGGCCAGAGAGGAGCCAGAGAGCCUAGACCUGGCUUGGAAGUUGUCUGCCCCCAAAGCCAAAAAGCCGGGGAGGAAGGCACCAACCCCUGGCCUGGAGAAAGCAGAGGCAACUGCUGGAGGAGGGUCCCGAGGUGCCUCACCCACCCCUGCUGCUGGUGCCAGCUUGCCCGGCCCCGCGAUGAGGGCACGCUUCCGCAGCCUGCUCGAAUCCGCCUGGCUCAAUGGCCUGGCUCUGCCCACUUGGGGCCACAAGGCCUCAGGACCCGACCGGACCGCGCCCCGCCCGCAGCUGUUGGGCAGCCAGAGUCAUCAGCUGUAG